AUGAGAAUAAGUGCCCCGAGUGAGACGAGUUCCAUCGACGCUCUAAUCGAUGCGGAGAUCGACGACAAAGGGCUCGGUCUCCAAUUGGAGGAGAGCGGCCGAAGUACAGCGGAAGAGGUGAAGUGCACGCCCCCAUCGCCCGCGGUUCAAACAACCGAACCGACGGAGUUGAUAUUCGACCUGGGAGGUCACAACAUCAAUCCGGAUACCGGCCCAUAUUCCUACAACUACCAGGAGGUACAGUUGUCGGGUACCCGGAGGAAAAUAUGUCUUCCGAUGGAUAGACCACGGACAGUUGUCCUCCAUUCUGAGAUUGGACCGAAAAGGUACACAGAGAAAGUCAAAGCGGUCACGAGAAGCAGCACCGUCACAGGUGACCGCAAGAGGGCAACCACGGCGGAGUCGCAGAGGUCCUGCGCAGCGCCACGAGGACUUGGCAAGGAUAGUUAUAGAACAGCUGGUCCAAACGACGCUGCGGAUACUGCGAAAUGCCGGGUCGCCACCCACAACAAGAUAGAAUGGUGCGUUGAACUGAAACCAAAAUAAACGUCUGUUCUUUUAGAACGGAAUAAAAUAAAAAUAAAACGUGUUAAAAU